UGCUAUGGUGUUCUAGUCUACCAAAUACUUGGUUUGAGUUCUUCCUAUUUAUAAUAAAAAUCUUUCAUUUACAAAUGUUUUGAUUUAUAUCUUAGCUCUUCUACUACAAAAGUAUAGCUUUGUUAUACUUAGCAAACUGGAGUCAAAGAAUGAAAAUAAUUUUGCAAUGUUGUAGCCAAAAUCUCUGCCUUAUUGUUGAUAAUUAUUUCCGAUAGUCCUUAGGCCUGCAUGGAUGUAGACUUAUCCAAGAGUGAGUUGAGAUCAGCCUCAGUCUUCCCAGCAAGUAAGAGUGAAGGCUGGUGAUGUCCACAUGAAGAAUAACUCUUUUCUAGGUUUUGCAAUGGAACAGAUAUGGUUGCUGUUGCUACUAACAACUAGAGUGCUUCCAGGGUCUGCUCAGUUCAAUGGCUACAAUUGUGAUGCCAAUCUCCACAGUAGAUUUCCUGCUGAAAGAGACAUCAAUGUCUACUGUGGGGUCCAGGCCAUUACAAUGAAGAUUAAUUUUUGCACAGUUCUUUUCUCUGGUUAUUCUGAAGCAGACCUGGCACUAAACGGAAGGCAUGGGGAUUCCCACUGCAGGGGGUUCAUCAAUAACAACACCUUUCCUGCUGUGGUCAUUUUCAUCAUCAAUCUCAGCACCUUGGAGGGCUGUGGAAACAGUUUAGUGGUAUCCACAGUUCCUGGAGUCAGUGCUUACGGAAAUGCAACUUCAGUACAAAUAGGAAAUAUUUCAGGAUAUAUUGAUACUCCAGACCCACCAACAAUCAUCAGCUAUCUACCUGGGCUUCUUUACAAAUUUAGCUGUAGUUAUCCAUUGGAAUACCUGGUUAAUAAUACCCAACUUGCUUCGUCCUCAGCUGCCAUUUCUGUGAGGGAGAACAAUGGUACGUUUGUCAGCACUUUGAACCUGCUCCUUUAUAAUGAUUCGACCUACAAUCAGCAGUUAAUUAUCCCGAGUAUAGGACUACCUUUGAAAACCAAAGUAUUUGCAGCUGUACAAGCCACUAAUCUGGAUGGCAGAUGGAAUGUCUUAAUGGAUUAUUGCUACACGACCCCAUCAGGGAACCCAAAUGAUGAAACUCGAUAUGAUCUCUUCCUUAGCUGUGACAAAGAUCCUCAAACUACCGUCAUUGAAAACGGCAGAAGCCAGCGGGGCCGAUUUUCUUUUGAAGUGUUCCGAUUUGUCAAACACAAGAAUCAGAAAAUGUCUACUGUCUUCCUGCACUGCGUUACCAAGCUCUGCAGAGCUGAUGACUGCCCCUUCCUCAUGCCAGUUUGCGGCCACAGAGAAAGGCGAGAUGUGGGGAGGAGGACCACUUUGAGUCCCCAGAGUACUUCUGGAAACGCCGUGCUCUCUGCGGGUCCUAUCAUUACUCGGAGUGAUGAGACACCGACCAACAAUUCACAGCUUGGUUCUCCGAAUGAACCUCCUUUUCGGCUGAACGUUGUCACCAGUGCCCUGAUAUCAGGAAUGGUCAUUCUGGGAGUCAUGAGCUUUUCCCUUCUUCUGUGCUCACUGGCCCUGUUACAUAGGAAGGCACCCACCAGUUUGGUGUUGAAUGGCAUACGCAACCCAGUCUUUGACUGACUGUCACAGGCCCCAGCUCUCGAGAAAGGGCUUCACUGACGCUACAGUGUGUGACUGCAGUUGAAUGCCAGCCAGCAUUUGAUAUUUGCAGGCUGGAUAGAGUAUAGCUUGUUAGCAUAACAAUAGUGAGAGAAUUUUGAUAAUAUUACUUUUGUCACUUAUGUUUGUGGUCAACCCUAUUUGUAUGGCACCUCUGGGUAUACUGACAAUAAGCAAACAACAUUCAGGAUUUAGAUCUUACAAGAUCUGUCAUUAUUUCAUUUCAUUUCAAUUUUCUUUUGAUUAUUGGUUUUGGAGAGAAAAGGUGGCCAUAGGAAAAAAAAAUUGUUGCAUUUUAUCCCCUAAGUAUUAAAAAUCACUGUGAUGGCACUUAGAUUUGCAUAUAUAGUCCUGAAAUGAAAGUUGUUUUUUGUUUUAUUCAGAUAACUGCAGCUUGGGGAUAGGUUUUAAUUGGAUUAGCCAAUUUGGACACCUGAGAUUUAAUUUCUCAUUCUAUGACCUCCUAUGUUUUUGGGUGAUUUCCAUGUCUGAAAACAUACAUUAAAAAAACAAAAACUCGGGUAAUGUAUCCUAACCUGGAGGAAGCAUCCAUUUGUGCAGCAAACAGUAAAAGUAGUUGUAAGCCUCUAAAGGAUACUAAGUGACACUUGAUCAUUAUUCAUCUGGUAGAAGAAGCUGUGAUCAGUUUUCUCCUGGUUCAAGCAAGAACAUCAUCACGUGUUCACUCUGCUCCCAGGUAAACCCCUCAGCUGCUUCUGCAGCUGUGCAACAACUGCAGAUUUUUCUUAAUUCAGGAACCAUCAUGUGGGAAAACAAACGGUAAUUGUGGGAGAGGACAUUGUCCCCACACACAAGCAUAGUGUUCCUAUGCGGGUUUUUAACAACCUAGGUUCCCUUCUUUCCCUAGAACAAAGAGGAAACAGGUUAAAUGUGUUUUGCAGAACUUUGUUGGGGUUUCCAUGGGGGAAAAAAUAUUUCUUUUCUUACAAAUUUCUCAUGUAGAGAAAACAUAUAGUCUGGAGGAGGCCUACUUUUUCAGAAAUAGUAUUUUCCUCUAAUAGUAACCUACAAGAAGCAUUUUAUUUUUUAUCAGUUUUGGAAAAAGUUUUAAAAAGCCAACUUUUAAACCUAUAUUCUUACAGAAAAAAAUCAACCUUUCCUUUGUCUAAUUUAUUCAUGCAGUGGAGCAAAUAAAACAACUCAGUGAUAAACACCAAAACCUAGCACGUGCAGCUACUAAAAGUGCUGUUUUUAACUGUAAAAACUGCUGUAGAGACUAGUUACUAUUUAAUAUUUGUGACCCAUUAUUCAGGACUCAAUUUUACCAAACAAGUUUGUGAUGCAAAGCACUAUGCAAGUUUAGAUUUGUUUUAAAUGAAGUGCCUAUGUGCUAAAGUUAAUAAUUAAAUCAGUUAUCAAAUAAAAAAAACACCUUUUCUCCAAUUUUCCUGAACAGUUCAGAAAAAAGUAUUUGUAUUACACUAAUUAGCUAUAGAGUAAUAACUGCCUCAACUUUCUCUUUCAAGGAAAAGACACAGAGGAAAGUGGGAUCUAUAAAGUCUCUGGAUAAUUUCUUCAAUAUAACAAAGUCUAAGACUUAAAAAGCCAAUCUCCUCUUCCUCAUGUUACUUCAGACUAAUUUCAAAAUGAUUGAAGUAACCAUUCUGAACUUUGUCUGUAUUAGCAAUUUAUUUACUAAUAUAAAGGGAAAAAUCGUACAAAAAAAGCAUGAACCAUGCUAUUUAUAUGACCCUCCAUAUAUAUGGAUAGCAUUGGAAUAUUCUGGUAAAUCUGUUUCAGAUACUGUAAAUGACUUGCCAUUGAUCUAAGUAUUAAAUCCCGUGAAUAGGACAUUAUAUCAUUGAAACUGGUUUGUCAGUUUGGUUUUUGUGCUUUGGGGAUGACUACCAUUUCAGUUGUUAACCUUUAAAAUUCUAGACACUGUUCUCUAAAACAGAAUAAUGGGCAUAUCCAUUUGCAAGCUACUUAAAUUACAUAUUAUUUUUGCCACCUUUAAUGUCACAAAUGUGAGGUCCAAAGCUAUAAUGAGACAAACCAGUUUGCUUUAAAUAACUUUAUUCUUAUAUACCUGCAGUUAUAUGUAGCAUUUAAUUAUACUGAAUAUUCCAGUUAUUAUAGUGUGAAAACCUUACAAAAUAUGUGCAAAUAUUCCUUCAGUUUUAAUACCUCAAACUGUUUUUUGCACUUCAGGGGUAAGGUGUGAUGACAUGUAAAAGAUGAUUGUUUAAUAAAAUAAUUGUAAAUGAA